AUGAAUAAUUUUUGUUUUUAUCAUGAUGGCUUAUUAGAAGAUCGAGAAAAGUACUUCAAAUAAGAUAUCAUAAACUUUAUUGGAAAUGUCUUAGCUUAUAUGAGAGAAAAAAAUAUUGAGAUUCUAUCUUAUUAGCAUUUUAAUAAAUGUUGGAUGGAAAAUGACAUUCAGUUUAUCCACUAAUGUCAAUUGGAAUGGGAAUCUCAAGACGAUUAUUACAAUCUGUUAUACGGGAUUAUACUAAAUAAAUUGAUCGAAUCCCCCUUAUACUUUGAAUAGCUGUCAUUAUUCUACUUAAUUUAUACUAUCUAUGUUACUUUAGAUUAAAAGAUACUUAUCUCCUUAGAUCAAGAGACAAUGAAUCAGUUGUACUUCUUUUUUUAGGAAUGCAAAGAAAAAGGCAAUCAUGAUGUAUUUCUCCUUUUUUUGGAGUUAAACAAAUAAAAUGCAUUUCUAUUGAGUUCUCGUGUUGGAUGUAAACGAUUGUCCAUUCAUCCUUGUGGAUUACCAUAUAUUAUUACAAAAAGAAAUAAAGCACAAUUAAAGUAGAUUACAGAAGAAAGAGAGGAUGAGUAAGAAAAAGUAGAAAGAACAGAUUUGACUAAAUAACUAUUAAAUGCAAGUGAGAAAUACCAUAAAGCGAAACAAAAAUAAAAUAUUAAGUUGAAAAGUACUGAUCCGCAUUUUGCUUAGAGAUGCAUACACACUUUUAGUAAUAUUAAUUAGAAAUAAUGA